AUGGCUAAUAUGAUGGCUGAGAUGCGUGAUACAGCUACCCGAUGCAAUACUCGACCCACGUUCACCAUUACGGAGUCUGCCGCCUACGACCAUACGAACUUUCCCCAGCGUCCCGCUCCUAACGGCCAUAUUCUAAUUGCGCUCGAGUUUCUCCUAACCAUCAGCAUUGUCAACCCAAGCUUGAGCUCAUCAGCGCUAGCGCGUGAUGUUACAGACUGGGGGUUUUGGUUCUUCAGGCUGCCGGUGGCACGCUCGACAGAGGUAGGCAGUAGAACACUAGUGCACGCAGGUGCUUCGGGCAUGGAGACGCAUGGCAAGUAUCUGAACGACUGCAUGAUCGAGGAACCGAGUCCGCUGGUGACAGAUGCGGCGGGCAAGGAGGGGCAGGAGCGCAUCGUGACUGAGAUUCUCAAGGAGAUUGAGGUCAUUCAGCUCGGUGCCUCAAAAAGUUUAAGGGUUGUUUGA